AUGAGUUCGACUACCGCUUCGACCGCUUCGACCGCUUCGGCCAUCAAACCGCCCAUCAAACCAGCCAAGAAACGUAUCGCCGUCCUCACGUCUGGUGGUGAUGCCCCUGGUAUGAACGGCGCUGUCCGCGCCGUUGUGCGGAUGGCGAUUCACAGCGGCUGCGAAGCCUUCGCCGUACAUGAAGGUUACGAAGGCUUGGUUGCUGGCGGAGAUUUGAUAAAAAAGAUGCACUGGGAAGAUGUUCGUGGCUGGUUGUCCCGCGGAGGAACCCUAAUUGGUUCAGCGCGCAGUAUGAAAUUUCGCGAGCGAUCAGGUCGUCUUCAAGCUGCAAAGAAUAUGGUUCUGAGAGGAAUUGAUGCGUUGGUUGUCUGUGGAGGAGAUGGUAGUCUGACUGGUGCUGAUCUGUUUCGGUCUGAAUGGCCCGGUCUGUUGAAAGAGUUGGUAGAAAAGGGUGAAUUGACUGAGCAACAAGUCUUCCCGUAUACCACAUUGAAUAUCGUGGGUUUGGUGGGAUCGAUCGAUAAUGAUAUGUCCGGUACAGACGCCACAAUUGGUUGUUAUUCUUCUCUGACCCGAAUUUGUGAUGCUGUGGAUGAUGUCUUUGAUACCGCCUCGUCUCACCAGCGAGGUUUCGUGAUUGAGGUCAUGGGUCGACACUGCGGUUGGCUUGCACUCAUGUCUGCCAUUAGUACAGGCGCAGACUGGUUGUUUAUUCCUGAGAUGCCCCCGCGUGAUGGCUGGGAGGAUGAUAUGUGCUCUGUAAUUACCAAGAAUCGCGAACGAGGCAAGCGCCGAACAAUUGUUAUUGUCGCCGAAGGCUCCCAGGAUCGCCAUCUCAACAAGAUUUCCUCAAAUGCAGUCAAAGAUCUUCUCAGCGAUCGCCUGGGACUCGACACUCGAGUGACGGUUCUCGGACAUACACAACGAGGUGGUCCUGCCUGCGCUUACGAUCGGUGGUUGUCGACCCUUCAGGGUGUGGAGGCUGUCAAGGCCGUGCUUGACGUUAGACCAGACUCCCCAUCUCCAGUGAUUGUCAUUCGCGAAAAUAAGAUCGAAAGAAUGCCGCUGAUGGAAGCAGUUCAGCAAACCAAAGACGUCACUGCUCGUAUCCACGCCAAGGACUUUGACCAAGCUAUGGCUAUGCGUGACUCUGAAUUCAAAGAAUACUACAAUGCAUACCUCAACACCACCACCGUGGACCACCCCAAGAUGCGCCUUCCUGAGAAGAAGCAAAUGCGCAUCGCCAUUAUCCAUGUUGGUGCCCCCGCUGGUGGCAUGAACCCCGCGACCCGAGCAGCAGUCGGAUACUGCUUGACUCGCGGUCACAAACCAAUCGCCAUUCACAACGGUUUCCCAGGCCUUUGCCGCCACCACGACGACAAGCCUAUAGGUUCCGUGCGGGAAAUCGAGUGGCUCGAGUCAGACGACUGGGUUAACGAGGGAGGAUCCGAAAUCGGCACAAAUCGAGGUCUACCAGGUGAUGAUCUCGAAACCACCGCUCGAGCAUUUGAGAAACACAAAUUCGACGGAUUGUUCAUUGUCGGUGGUUUUGAAGCCUACACUGCCGCGAGUCAACUGCGCAAAGCCAGAGAUUUUUACGAUGCAUUCAAAAUCCCAAUUGUCGUUUUACCGGCAACCAUUUCCAACAACGUCCCCGGAACGGAAUACUCCCUUGGUAGCGACACCUGUCUCAACACACUGAUCAUGUUCUGCGACGCUAUCCGUCAAUCCGCCUCCUCAUCCCGCCGCAGAGUCUUCGUCGUCGAAACCCAAGGCGGUAAAUCCGGUUACAUCGCCACGACAGCCGGUCUCUCCAUCGGCGCCGCAGCAGUGUACAUCCCCGAAGAAGGAAUCAACAUCAAAAUGCUAGCACGAGACAUUGAAUUCCUCCGUUCCAGCUUUGCGUCUGACCGCGGCGCAAACCGUGCGGGAAAGAUUAUCCUGCGCAACGAAACCGCUUCCCAGACAUACACCACUCAAGUCAUUGCGGAUAUGAUCAAGGAAGAAGCGAAAGGCCGCUUUGAGUCCCGUGCCGCGGUACCAGGUCACUUCCAACAGGGUGGUAAACCGUCCCCGAUGGACCGCGUGCGCGCCUUACGUAUGGCGAUUAAAUGUAUGCAACACAUUGAAUCCUACGCCGGAAAGUCGCGCGAUGAGAUUGCCAAAGAUGAAUACUCUGCCUCCGUUAUUGGGGUCAAAGGUUCUCGAGUCUUGUUCUCGCCCAUGGGUGGCCCCGGAGGUCUUGAGUUUACAGACACGGACUGGGAAAAGCGUCGUCCUAAACAUGAGUUUUGGCUUGAGUUGCAGGAUUUGGUGGAUGUGUUGAGUGGUCGGAAACCGCAUAAAGAGGCUGGAAUGUUGGAGGAUAGUCAUUCAAAGGGGAAAUGGGGGUAUGAGAGUCCGUAGAGGGUUUGAUGAUGAUGAUCAUGAUAAAUAAACAAAUAUGGAGUUAUGACUUUCUUUUGAUUUUUUGGUUUGUGUACAUUUUCAAUCUUGAUAAGACUUGAAUUGAGAUUUUGGUGAUUCUGUAUGAGUAUUCUAACUAUUAACUAUGGAUUGGGAUGGCUUGGCUACA